AUGCUCAGGAGGAGCGUCGGUAGGAAGAAGACGCGGCGUCACAUUGACCAAGUAAAAGCUCAUCGGCCUCGCAGAUAUAAUCCCAUAGGAAGCGAGCAAGAAGAUCGCAACAAGAAGAAGGAAGCGACGAGGGGUCGAGCGCGCACGACGUCGGCUUAUAAUACCGCUACGGCGCAACGUAUACACAUCGACCGAGAGAAAAGAGAAGAAGCGAAAGACCAAUAUCGGCUGUGUCAUCCUCGGCCCGUUAAAGCCACUCUCUCUCAGGGGAGAGCGAUCUGCUUAUUGAUAGGAGAUCGAUCGAGAGGAUACGGAGAUCAUGAUGCGAUGAUGAUACUGGGCCGAUAUUUUUUUCAAGAGUAAAAAGCUUCGAGCGUCUUACAUGGCGCUUGAGAGAAGUGUCAGGCUGGUGAUGGCGACUCGAGUGAUCCGGAUUUAAAGGCCCAGUUAAUGCUCUACAUCUACCCUGUAGAUCCGAAUUUGUUUGAAGUCAGGCGACAAAUUCGGUUCUAGAGAGGUUUGUGUGGUGCAUACAAUGCUACAUGGUCUGAUUAAAUUCUAAAUUAGCAACGAAAUUAUGUUGUCGUAUUUAGUUUCAAGUUCUUAAAGUACGAAACACUGUUUGAGUUUGGAUUUGCGUUUUUACAACUAUUUGUAAUGGUGUACUGUACAAAAUUUUAUUCGAGUUUGAACAAUAAAUAUCUAUGUAAAGUAUA